UUACAGUUGGUUUCAUGCUUUUUGUUUUUACAUUUUUGCAUUUUUGCGUCCUGUGUCGGUGAAUUUGUGCAGCUCACAUUGUUUUAAGUCUCAAAUUAAAAUGAAUUUGAGCAUUUUUUCACUCUGUUAACGAAUAGUAUCAGUUUUAUAUCAGGCUACUCCUUAAAUUCAAUAAAUUUUGCAUAGUUAGACCAGCAUGAGGUGCUUGUGAACGGUUGUUUGUGCGAUUGUGUUCUACUAAUGUUCUUCAGACUGGUUUUAAACACUGAUAGGAAAACCUGCAGCACUCAAUCGUACUAAUGUAUAAUGCAAUUCCUCGAGUGCUUCAAUUGCUGCAAGGUGCCAACAGAGAACAAUGAUGUACAUACUUUGGAUUUCAGUAAUUGCGAUUUAGCAGAUGUUCCACAAACUGUAUUGUUGUACGAAAGAACUCUGGAAACACUGUUGUUGAACUCAAAUCACAUUUAUGAUCUACCCCUGCCACUGUUUCACUGUCAGUCCCUCCAAGUCUUAAGUAUUAGUAACAAUGAUCUUGCCAUCAUACCUGCUGCUAUAGGAUACUUAGUAAAUUUGAGAGAACUGGAUGUUAGCAGAAAUAAUAUAACAGAUAUUAGCGACUCGAUAAAAAAAUGCAAGAAACUAUCAGUAUUGAAUGCCAGCUUCAAUCCUUUACAUCAUCUGCCAACUGCUCUCACUCAACUUAUAUCAGCAGAAGAGCUCUAUCUGAAUGACACUGUUCUUGAAUACCUUCCAGCUAAUAUUGGUCGUCUCUCUAAAUUGAUCAUUCUGGAAUUACGAGGCAAUAAAUUAUGCAAUUUGCCAAAAUCCAUGAGCAGGUUAGUGUGUCUUUCUCGAUUAGACAUUGGCCAAAACCAUUUUGUGGAAUUUCCAUCAGUUGUUGGAACUCUAGUCUCCAUGAAAGAGUUGUGGUGCGAUUUGAACGAAUUCAACACUGUCCCCUCAUUCAUCGGGAACCUAAAAGAAUUGGUGCAUUUUGAAAUUGGAGACAACAACAUUCAAACCAUAACAAAUGACAUUGAUGGCUGUAAAAAUCUAAUUGACUUCUCUGCUUGUUAUUGUGAUAUUCAGUUUGUGCCUCAUACUAUAGGAUUACUAAAGAAUUUAUUAUGCCUUAAGUUAGAUUACAAUAGCAUGACUUCUCUGACUGAAGCCAUCGGAGGACUGUGUAAUUUAGAAGAAUUAUCCUUGUCUCAUAAUAAGCUAAAAUCUGUUCCUUCCUCUAUUGGUCUCUUACGCAAACUCGUAUCACUCCAUUUAGACUCAAACAAAUUGAAAAAGUUACCUCCCGAACUGGGGAGUUGCUCCAGUCUAGGCGUUUUAAGUUUGAGGAAUAAUCUAUUAGAAUCCAUUCCUGCUGAGGUAGGUAACCUGUCAAACCUCGGUGUUCUUAUUCUAGCAGAUAACAAACUUUCUGAUCUCCCAAUGUCAAUCUUAAAGUUGAAAAAACUUAAUGCCCUUUGGUUGUCUCACAAUCAAAGUAAACCUCUGAUACCUUUACAAGUUGAUUUCAAUGUUCAGCAAAAUGUCCGGGUGCUCACCUGUUAUCUUCUACCUCAGCAGAAGGGUGGUGACGAGGGUGUGGCUGAAAAUGCUUACUCUGAUGAAGGAACUAACUCUCUGAAGAAAAAUCAGAAAAUACGCUUUGCGAUAAAUUCACCACAAGACAAAGUAGGCCAGUUAACGCGAGCACCCACUCCAUUUCCAAAAAAAUUAAGGAGUCUAUCGAAAGUUGCUCAGAAAAUUAACCAAGGUAAAUCCUUCGACAAUCCUGAGGUCUUAGAAAAUUGCAUUAACGCCUCUCAGUCUAUCGAAUCAAAUGUCCCUCAGUUUGCUGAAACAAACAAUCAGUUGGUGAAUGGAGAAGUUUACCCUGAGUCUUACCAGCGGUCUCCGUCCUCCCUUUUUCAUGUCAAUGAAACCCAUGACCAAUCGGUACCCUCUCUCAGUCAAAUAGAUUCUCGAUCUUUCUCAUCCAAUAGUUUGAUCAAAACUGCCGUUGUAAAGAAACAAGAUCAUUUACAUAACAGUAACUGCAUACCCCUUGAUGAAAUUGAUCAUCAGACGAGCCAAACUGAACCUGUUGUGGAUCAGCUUCACAGGGUCGAAAAUUCUAACCCAAGUUUUUAUGAUAGUAUCAACAAUUCUCACCAAAGAGACUCUCAAAGAAGGCCACCCCCAUACCACAUUGCUGCUACCUACUCAAAAAAGGCCUCUUUCUUUAACAGGGUUUCAGAGAGCCCAACUUCUCUCAGGUAUUCGUCCAAUAGGUCCAAUUCAAACAAUGUGUCGACAAAUGUUGCUUUAUCGGACAACCGCAGAGACAGUGUCUGUAGUGAAGCAUCCUCUGUGCCCUCUUAUGCUAGGUUUCAUCCAUCGAACCAUGACAGCCAGGAUUCUCCAGAGAAGGCUGUGAGUGACUAUUCUUUUGCUCAAAAUCAAUCUCUUUCUGUAUUUAAUGGAUGCCAAGAAAACCAUAACAAACUCACGGAUCAAAUCUCUGAUAACCAUGUUUCUUACAAAUUAGAAGACAUUCAGACUGAUAAGUAUACAAAUUCUGUAAUCCAGCAAUUUCCAGAGGGAAAACCCCCUGUAUUCAAGGCUUCCCCAUACAUUGCGGAGAGCGAUAACAGUGAUAGUGAUGUAAAUUCUACCUGUUCGAAAAACAAGUCCAGGCAAUCAGAUUAUUACAAUGAUCUAAAUCAGGUUAUCCGUACUCUUUCCUCACAGAUCGAAUGAAUGAAUGAAUGUACGUUUGAUAGUUCAUUUUUUAUUUCUUAUUUUAGUAAGUUACAAUCAUGAAACUCCUCAGAAUACCAAUUAUCACACCAAUGAAGUAUUAUUUACUUUUUAAGUUUUUAGUCUGUCCGAAUUCCAUUUCUACAAUAAUAUAUUAAUUAUAUAUUUUUAGACAUUUUUUAUUGUUAUUUAUUUUUAUGAUCGUUUUUAUUGAUAUUCUCUGCAUCAGGUCUGAAAAUUAAUUUGCUGUCAUAAACAGGCAAAGCACAUAUUAAUUUAGGUAUUUUUAUAACAAUUAUUUUUUCUAAUCUACAAAUAUACCUUUAUAUCUUUUCUCUCUUGCUCGACCCAGAGUAUAGAUAGCAGCGUGAUUCUAAGAUACUCUUCUUUGAUUAGUCUUCCAGCAAAAUUUGUAUAAGUUUUUUCUAAUAUUUUUUUACUCUCCAGUACUUCUCUGUGAUUUUUGUAAAUAUCUCGGUCUUGCUUCUAAUGCAUGGUGAAAAAUAGUAAUCAAGGAAAUUAGAUACAUCAAGGAAUUGUGUCACGCAUUCUCCACUGAAGUACCGUCGUCAUUUUCAAUUCUCAAAGAUGGAGAACCAGCAUUACUUAUUAGAAGAAGAUAUACCGUAUUAGGAAAGAUUUACCGUACAAAAGUUUAGUGUAUAAGGUUAGUGCCGUGUCAAUUUAACAGCAAAAAAGGUCAUGAAACAGGCGCUACUCCAGUUAGAAAGACACUUUCUUAGCACAUUUUUGUGCAUCAUAAGAAAGUUGCAUGAAUAAUGUAGUGAAAAGUUUGACUCAUUUUCAGGUGUAGUUUUAAAACAAUUUAAUUUUGUCCAGCAAGUCUUCAGUGAAUAAUGUCUUCUAACUAGAGCAGACUUGUAUUUUUGGUCAACUUUGUGCUUAAAAGCUAUGAUUACAGCAAUUUCUCAAGGUGCCAAAGUGAUUCUCUGUAAAAACUACGUUUAAUUUAACUUGCAGCAUUUAUUACUGUAAAGUGCCUUGAAGCUUUAAAAUGUUGUUCUUUCUGCAGGUUGAUGAAAGAGAGUAAACCCUUCAUCCUUCAAUUCUGUUGUUAAAUUUUAAGAAUUUAUCAACUUUUGUCAAAACUGCAUUCAUUCGAAUAUUGCAGUUCCAUUUUUCUCAAAACUAUGAUUUCCGUCACAUGUGGUUAUUUGAAAGAAUUUCUUUCCUUUAUUUUCUCUUUCCCUGAUAAUUCCCUGCUUUUUAAGUGAAAAUCCUCUGAUUGAAAUCGGGGGUUUACCUCUUGCAGAAAGAAACUUCUUAAUUCAGCAAGAAGUUCAUUUAAUGAAUUUUAAUUUAAGAUAUUAGAGAAUUUAUUUUGAUCUGCCGAAACAUGGUAAAAGAAUUUGAGAAUUUGUAUUGAGCAAGAUCACAGUGAUCAAGCAAUGAAGACUGAUCAUUUUAAUGUUGCUCAAGGGCACUGUAAGAUGUUCCUAGCCAAUUUUUUCGUUAUCCAAAAGAAAUGUUCCAAACUGUAACUAUGAAUACUGCAUUUCAUUAUUAUUUUUGCAUGAAACAUAGUUUUCAAACCUGACGUUAUCAAAUCAACUCCAACCAAACAAAAACCCCUGUUCACAAUUUUGUGUCUGUGUUGUUUCUUUAAGUUCCUGGAAAACUUAAGGUUUGUAGAAAUUAUUCUUCAAGAAUUAUUUUCACCAAGAAUUUCUUAAUGAGAAAAUGUCUAUAAUUUUUCAAUAUUCUUAAUCUAUAUUGCACACCCUAAUUCCACAUUUGAGCUAGUUAAUUCCAAAUGUAAUCAGUAAAUAUCUGACAAGAUCCGUCACACACGAGAUGGAUCACAACUCUCAUUGUCAGUGAGAUCGUAAUUGGAUGUCAUUAUUAUCAUGAAGGUAUCAUUUGUCUGAUCUUCUUCAUAGUUCCUUUAUCCUUUAUCACUCCAUUGUUAACAGCAGCACUAGGUCCUGAAUUACUUGUAGUUUUCUUUUUUUCUUUUGGUAUUUGUAAUUAACUUGACAACUUACAAAUAUUUUAGCUCAACUGUAUCAUCAAAAUGUUCACCAAAAUUAUUGAUAUUCUUUUAUUGAUGAUAUUCCUUGUAAGUAGAAAAUUUGUUAAAAUAGGAUUAAUGAAGUAUGAAGAAAAUCUAUGAACUUAUCGUAUUUAAAGUUAAAAAACCGUUUUUAUUUUGGUUACUUCAUUGAUGAGGCUGUUGCUUUGUAAAUUGUACCCAGGGCCUCAAUCAGUCGAUUAAGUUCGUCCCCAAGUUUUUGGCAAAUAUGAAGCUCUAUCUUUAGUGCAAUGCUGCAUUGCAAUAAAAGCAUUCUAAGUUCUUCAUGCAUAUCCCCAGAAACAGUAUGUAACGUGCCUUCUAUUUGAAAUUGCCUGUUUUCCCCAAGAUUAUUAUAUCCAUUUGACAGGCUCUGAAAAAAACCAUCCUCACCCUCACAAAUUAACUUUUUUAGAUAUGUACUUUAAAAAUAAUGAACACACCUCUAACCCAUCAAAACUGAGGGUGCUGUAUAUCAGAAAAUUAAUUCUCAAUGGUUAGCUAAUGAGUGUAUUGCUAAAUUGCUCAAGGUGAUUCUUUAGCACUGUGGAGAGUGAUUCGAUAGUCGAUUGGUUCAAUUUCUAAUUUCUGGAUUUUAGGACAUUUCUUAAAAACUUCUGAGCAUCACACUACGCUAAGUAUGUCAGGUACUAGUGCAUACAAUCUGAGUAAGAAACUUUUUGAAACAACUCCAAAACUCUGGUCCGAGUGAGUGUUGCAAACGGAAAGGGCCGCUUGUGCUUACCGCUUCGCGGUAUUGAGCAGAACCAUACUUUUGGGGUUGUUUCAAAGUUUUUCUUCGUCAAAUUUUGUGUGCAAAUACCUGACGCUUUGCAGCUUGAUGUGUUGUUCAGAAACAUUUGAGAUAUGUCCUAAAAUCCAAAAAUUAUCAAUUGAUCUAUUAACUAUCAAAUUCUCUCUUAAGUACUGAAGGACCAGCUCAAAAAUAAAAAUUUCCGACAGCUCCAAAAUCAUGGAACAUAGAGUCCCUAAAAGUAAAGCUUGCUUUUCUUUAAUUAGCUGUUUUCAUAUUUUAAUGUCAAAAAACACCCCCUGUCAUUUACAUAAGUUUUUUAUGUUCUCAUGGGCUAGCACUGAGGAUUAAUGACUUUCUGAUGUUAUUGAGAUAGUAGCAAAAUCAACCAGUUUGGUCUCCCUAGAGCUGAGGGUGGUUUUACCUGGAUGCGUCUCAUUUAGUGAAAUGUUUCUGCUAUUUUGUACCUGGUUUUGACACGCUGUGAUGUCCUAUUAAAUUAACUGGCAGUCAACUCUCAACUAUUUCCUGUUUUUUCUUGUCUUUAACUGAUGUCAAUAACCCUCAAGUCAAUCCAUUUUUUUCCCAAUUUUGUAUUCUGCCAAUAAAGUUUUGUUUUGUAAUAUUGAA